CAGUUCACUCGCCGUUUCGUUAGAGACACAUUUCGGACAGCCUAGUGAGGUUCAGUCGCACAUCAGAGAGCAGAAGCAGCAGUCAGCAAAUAAAGAAGCGAAAUCAUUUGAUAUAGGGAAAUAAUAGUCAGGGAAAAAGUAAGCCCGAGCCCGAGAAAGAAGAAAAUCCCAAGAGAAAGGCAAGAGGAGCCAAGAGCAAUCAGGAAGACAACGACGACGACGACCCAGCUGAGGGAAUAGCUGAAGAAAACCAGUUUAAUUUUUUCGCUCGCCUUCCUUCGCGAAACCCACAUUUCCAAUCGAAACAGCGAGGUUUUUCUUCCUGUGGUGGUCGCCCAGAGAGUUUGUCCCGGAAAAUUGGUGUGUUUUCCCGUCGCGUAUUGCCAACUUGGUGGAAAAUCGAGUUCUGCUGGUGUAGAAUUGGUGUUUUUCUGGUGUCAAACGUUCACCUGGUUCGCACGAUUCGGUUUUCUAUCUAAGGUGAAGAGGUCGAUCGGUUUUGUGUAGUGUAUAGUAGAGUGCGUUCUCGUUUUUUGCAGUUUUGUCAGUGCUCUUAAAACCCUACACUUAAAGAAAAAAGUCAAACACGAAGGAAAUAGUGUAUUGUAGCAAUCAGCCUGAAGCAGUGGAAGCAGUUCGAACCAAAGGAGUAAGAAGCAAACGAAAAAAAACCCUCGCUGCCGCAGCAAUAAAGGCAGAAAAGUUAGUUAGAGCAGCCAACCAGUAGCCCCAGAGGAGAGAUUUUUCGGUUCGAUUGGUUUCGGUUUCAAUUCAGUCUUCUUUUGUGUGCCUAUGCCUACCAGGGCGACGAAAACCACGACGACGACAACGUCUUGCGAAAAGUAAGGAUUCGGAAAAAGUUUUUUUUUCCUUCUUAAACACACCACAAAGCACACGGGCUUUUUCGUGUGCAGAAAAAGUGCGAGUUAGUAGCGAAAAAAAGAAAAGAAAAAAGUGUGCCCAGUGAUUCGUAGAGCCAAAGCGCACUAAAUAGUUGCAGAAUAAUAGUUUUCUAGUUGUGAUUUGUCCGAAAGUUUUUCGGAUCGAGGAUAUAGUCUGUUGGAAAGAUUCAGCUGGUGAACAAAAGAGCAGAUCUUCUCAUUCGAAUCAGAUGGUGUGUUCCUGAAUAAUCAAUAACCAUUGUUCUACGACGAGAACCCGAAUCAGCCCAUUCUUGAGCGAAUCGUCGAUAUCUUGGAGUCAAUAGUCACCCAAACCCCCCUUGAUAGAAGUUCCACAGGAGAAACAGAAUUAGCGCCGAUACCGCCCGGAGAGAAGAAGAACAAGAAGACUGUGUUUUUACUGUUUGUGUGUCGUUGUUGUUGUUAUCACUGUUUGAAGCCAACCUUAAGAUCGUUUACAAGUGAUAUUUGAAGAAGCAAACGAAUCGAAAGAGGUGCCCUGUUACAAGCGGUAGUGAUAAUAGGAAGGAGUUGUGUUUUUUCGGUGUAUCUCCUAAUUCCUGUUCCGAGUGCCGCAUAUUGUUACCAAAGUUAAGGAAGCCCCAGAGCUACGUAGUGAAAGAAGAGAAAUAUCCCUCAAAUCCCUUUAAACGUCCCUUCGUAUCCAGGAGGAUCCCGUGCUACCUCCCGAGUAGGUGGUAGCCACCCGAAUUAUUCCGCUUUUCGACGACCCGACGACGACGACGAGUUCGUCGACCGAAGGAAUCAUUUCGUGCGUGUACCCGUUCCACCAACAAGCCGGCACAAUUGAACCGUUCAAGCUGGCCACCCACAUACACCCGACGGAGCCCUUGGCUGCCGCCCAUCACGGAACGAUGUCGAUACCGAACCCUGCGGGACAGAUAGACGGCGCACUGGCUGCGCCCAAGUACGGUACGCUCAUUCCGAACCGGGUAUUCGUCGGUGGUAUCAGUGGCGACACGACGGAAGCGGAACUGUGCCGGUUAUUCAGCUCGUACGGCAACGUCAAGUCAACGAAAAUCAUCGUAGAUCGGGCGGGCGUCAGCAAAGGCUACGGAUUCGUAACGUUCGAAACCGAACACGAGGCACAAAGACUGCAGAGCGAUGUAAGUAUGAAGGGAGACUGUAUCGUGCUGAGGGACCGUAAGCUAAACAUAGCACCAGCGAUUAAGAAGCAAACAAUCUGCGCGACGAACGGUGCCGUGUACUACGCAGCCACACCCCCGACGCCGACGAUCAACAACAUCCCCAUCGAGCAGUUUGCGACGGCAGUCUAUCCGCCCGGUGUGCCAACAAUCUAUCCUCCGACGAUGACGCCCUACCAGCCGUUCUACCAGUACUACAGCGUGCCAAUGAAUGUACCGACAAUUUGGCCUCAGAACUAUCAAGGAAUAUAUCCUUGUUAAAGAAUAAAGAGAGUGGUGUUGAGAAGUCUUGUAACACAACCUAGCAAAAAAAACAAAAUCAGAAACUUAUUUAUUAUCAUGAGUAAUAUUUAUACAACAACCAAAACCGAAUCCGCUACACAAAAAAAAACAAAAAGAGCAAAAGAACAAAGAUGAGAGCAAAUUUGCACUCGAGAACACACACGUCUACUAUUAUACUACAACUAUUACUAUAUUAAAUUAGUAAUCAGCAGAGGCAAAGAAAGAAUCCAUUAGCAUAAAUGAUUAACCCUAAUAAAGAAAGCAGAAAAAAAUGCAAUAAAUAGCUAAACGGUCACCAGAAGGAAGAAGAAGCAUAUUUAGCGUCACCAAUCGACGACGGAGGGCGUUCUCGGCUACCGACACAAUCAAAGCCCCCUGGUCUAGGGAGGAGUGGGCGUAGUGUGUGCCAAAGGAUUUGGACUGUAAGGUGUGGAGAGUGAGAGAGCGGGCCGACGGUGGAAGGAGGCUAACAUCGAAUAGUUUACGAUCUUAAUAAGCGAUAUUUAUACACAGUAAUAACGGCAGCAGCAGUAAAAACAGCCACUACAACAACGCAUUCUUACCGUAUAUUAUUGGGAUGCUGCCAGGAGAAGGUCCGAGUAGAUGUCCGCUCAGCGACUUUGAUUGCUCUCCCCCCAAGAAGAGAGAGCCGAUGUGAUUCGAUUAUUGUUGUAGAUGAACAAAAGACAGCGAUUCCGCUUUAUGAUCUUGAUGAACGAAUGUGAGCGGCAGCGAGCAAAAUCGGAUAAGGAUCGGGCUUUUACCGAUCGAUCGUUGCCGAACUGUUGAAACUUUUUUUUUUUACUUUUUAAAGUAAACCAUUGUUGAGCGAUAUUAUCAUUAUUACACUAGUGAUCAUAUUAUAACUUAUUAACAAACUAUUUGUAGCGUAGUGAUGAUGGAGAGAGGAGUAUCGAAGAAGAGGCAGGAGAAGCAAGUCAGAUAAAUAUUAGGAAAGUAUGCGAAAAACACGUGAAUAAAAAAAAUACACUACUGAUCCGAGUAACGGUAGCUGGA